GCACCUGGCCCACGAGCAGACGAAAGAUAAAAGAUGGGGAGAUUUUUUGUGAUUUCGUUACUCUGUUAUCUUUGCGUUGUCGAAGCAUCAUCUGCGUAUUUUAUUGACACUUCUGCUGGUCUAGGGAGGCGAUAUGAUGGCAUCGGUGGCCUUAGCGGGGGUUCGGCAACAUCAAAACUUUUGAAAGCUUAUCCUGAAAAACAGAGAAAUGAAGUCUUGGAUUAUCUGUUCAAGCCCAACUUUGCUGCCUCCUUGCAAAUACUGAAAGUUGAAAUUGGAGGUGACUCGCAGAGUUCAGAUGCUACUGAGGCGUCCCACAUGCACAACAGCUGGGAGGAGAACUACCAGAGAGGAUAUGAAUGGUGGCUCAUGCUGGAGGCCAAGAAGAGGAAUCCAAACAUCAAGCUAUAUGGACUGCCAUGGAACUUUCCUGGCUGGAUCGGAAAUGGAACCCAGAACCCAUACCAGAACCCUGAUGUCCUUGCCAGCUACAUCCAGAAGUGGAUCCAGGGUGCCAGGGAUGUCCACAGCCUCACUAUAGACUAUAUUGGGAUUUGGAAUGAAAGGUCAUAUAACACCACAUACAUAAAGCUGUUGAGAAAAGUCCUGGAUGACACAGGGUUCUCCCAUGUACGUAUUGUGGCAGCAGAUGGCCUGUGGGACGUGUCGGUGGACAUCCUAGGCGACCAAGAUCUUGCAGCAGCAGUGGAUUACAUUGGUGUACAUUAUCCUGGUACUGAGACAAAAAUGGCUGCCCUUCAGACCGGCAAGCAAUUGUGGUCAUCUGAAGACUACAGCUCCUUCAACAACAACAUCGGUGGCGGAUGCUGGGCCAGGAUUUUAAACCAAAACUAUGUCAAUGGAUUCAUGACAAGCACAAUUGCAUGGAACCUCAUAGACAGUUACUACGAGGGUUUACAGUGGGACCGGGACUCGUUGAUGACGGCCAGACAGCCUUGGAGUGGCCACUACAUUGUUGAGAGUCCCAUCUGGAUGUCAGGCCACACCACCCAGUUCACUGAGAUAGGAUGGAGAUAUCUGAAACAUGGGUCUGGAGUUGGGCUGUUGGACAAAGGCGGAAGCUACGUCUCACUCGUCAGCCCGGAUGGAAAGGAUCUCUCGAUUGUCAUGGAAACUAUGACUCAUAACCAUUCCCAGUGUAUCCGCCCAUUCCUGCCACCAUACACUGUCACACCACAGACCAUCACACUGGAACUUGGAGGAAACUUUAGAAGUGUUACAAAGCUGUAUGUUUGGUACAGCAAACUUGGGUUUAAUGACACAGAGGCACCGUCUGUCUUCUUCAAGUCUCUACCUCCAGUACAGGUAACCAGUGGCACGGUUAGCCUGAAGGUGGGCUUGGAUGAGAUCUACACUCUGACUACUCUGACCACUGGCGCAAAGGGAGAUUACGGAACACCCCCUCAAUACCGUACCUUCCUACUGCCUUAUACAGAAGACUUUGAAAGUUAUGAAAACAAUGCAGAGCCCUUACUCAUGGCUCAGCAAAAUGGAGCAUUUGAAGUGGUCCACAUCGACACCACGGUCGGCAAUGUUAUGAGGCAGAUGGUGCUGGAGACACCUAUUGCCUGGUGCACUGGUUAUGAGGAGUACAAUACAACCAUGAACCUCCUCGGUGCUGUUACAUGGAGCAACAUUUACAUUGACACGGAGGUGCUGGUGAGCAUGGAGAAUGGUACGAGUGGCAUCUAUGUGGCUGCUCGAAUCAACCAAACUGGCUGCGAUACCCUCACGUCUGGUGGCAUCUUCUUUUUCCUCUUCCCUGUCAAUCAGUCGUACAUUGUGUCCAAUGACAUUGGGAGAAUAAGUAUCAUCAAGCAGGGUCCUCAGACAUUGUCCAGCCAAUAUGGAUGGAACCAGGUGUCUCUCUCUGUACAGGGUCGCCAAGCAGUUGGCCUUGUGAACGGAGAACUUCUGUUCAACAUCACCAUACCUGCUCAACCAUCACAAGGGUUUGCAGCAGUAGGCACCAGUGAUUACGGCAUAGCAGACUUCGACAACUUGCAGCUAGCCAGAUCUCCUGAGGAAGCUGUGCAGGGUAAAAGUAACAGGAAGAAUGGGCACAGAGAUGGCAGUCAUGACGAUACGCUCUAUUUCAAGCCAGGCAGGCACUGAGGAUACACUUUCCUCUAUGUUAAAAGGCCUUAAAGUGGUCAGAAUUCAUCCUCCGUAAUCUCCAGGGUAUACGUUACGAUAAAUCUCCACUAGUACCCUGGAUGCAUCUGUGGCUCUAAUUUCAUUACCUCCCUUUGCUAGCUCUGCAUUCAACUAAGCCGCCGUUACA